AUGGAUCAAAGGGUCUGGCUUCCUAGGAGGCAUUUCUUCGAAGUCAAUGAUCAAUCAUGGUUCCCACAAACACUUCGAGAAAAGGUCCAGGACUACCUGACCCUCGGAUGGGUCAACAGACUGCCUAUCAUACAAUCGACAUCCCCGGCCGCCCUAGUAUCCCGAGUCCUGUCGACGGUCCUAGGCCCUCGUGUCUCCAAUUAUGUCUACUUUGACUUCGCUUCUGGAGCUGGUGGGCCAACACCAUAUAUUGAGCAACACCUGAACAAGGAGCUGCGAGAAGAGGGAAAGGAAGACGUCAAGUUCGUCCUCACAGACAUCAGCCCGCAUGUCAGUGCUUGGGAUGCCAUUGCAAAGAAGAGCAAGAACAUCAGUUACAUCGGACAAAGUGUGGACGCUACAAAUGCCCCCAGUGCAGAAACAUUGCUCCGGGAUGUACCUGCAGUUGAAGACAAGAAGAUUAUGCGAUUGUUCAGUCUCGCCUUCCAUCACUUCGACGAUGACCUUGCUGCCAAAGUUCUUCAGAACACGAUCGAGACAUCAGAUGGGUUCUGCAUAUUCGAGCUUCAAUCACGCAACCUGGCCUCCUUCAUCACUAUCAGCCUACUAUGGCCUCUGGCCAUGAUUAUAACGCCGUUCUACUUCUGGCAUUCUCCCGGACACCUAUUGUUCACCUACCUCGUCCCUAUUGUCCCGUUCAUCUGGGUCUACGAUGGAUACAUCUCGUGUCUAAGGACAAGAACACCGAGUGAAGUGCAAGCUCUGUUACGCAGUCGGGUACCUCCCGAGAAGCUCCAUGGCUGGAAGUUUCAGAGUGGCCAGGAUUGCCAUACAUGGCCGAUAGGAUGGUUAUAUUGGACCAUAUGUUAUAAAGAGGAGUGA